CACCACAACAAAAAUUUUGAUAAGAACUUUUCAUUUUGAUAAAAAUAUGCAAUCUCCGGGUAAGUACCGAUUAGUACCGAUGAAAUGAAAUCGUUCGUGUCGCGUUGAAUUUGAUCAAAAUCAUUCCUAUGAUCAGCAUUCAUUAAAUUUAAUUCGUCGGUAACCCUCAAAAAUGGGAUUAACUACAGAAGUAGACGAUAAAGAUGUCUGGAAAAUCAUUGAGAACGAUAAAUAUCUGUCGCAGUUCUUGAAUUCUCAAGAAGAGUUGGAUAAUACUACUGUACUCUCGUUCACUCUGAGUGCCUCAGAACAGCUGUCUGCUCUUACCAAAGGCAUAGGCCUUCUCGAGAAAGAACUCCAGUCUCAGAUCCAUAAUAAUUACCACGACUUGAUAUCCCAUGGGAAAUGGGUAGAAAAUUUGGAAGAAGCUUUGAUUAAUAUGAAGACCAAAAUUCGAGAACUAUUGUCAUCUGUGAAAAGUGUCCGGAAUAAAAUUGUUGAACCUUACGACGAUAUUGAAAGACAGUGUAAUAUAUUGACACGUUUACACGAUACAUCGAACAUUCUACGAUGCGUGAUACAAGUACAACAAUUAGCAAAAGUUGUACAAAAACACGAUGAUUUAAAAACGUCUGCAUUAAUUAAAGAAGUUGAUGAGUUUUGUGAGGAUAUAGAUUUAUCUGGAAUCGAUAUUUUGGAAAAUGAUAUAAAACUCAUUGAAAAGCAAAGGAAACAGAUAUUGAACCGAACGCGAAAUUCCUUGAUGGAGGCGUUAAAAGAUCAAAAUGAAAACCAAGUUGCUGUUUGCAUUCAAGUAUUUCUGAAUUUGAAUUCAUUAAGCAAGGUAGUUAAAACCAUCGUGGACAGUGCGCUUUCAACUGUUGAAAAGAACACGAAAGCAGCACUCGAUAUUACUUCAUUAAUGAAUCAAUCAACCGAGCAAGAAAAGGCCCCUAGGAUUAAAAGCUCAGGUCCUGGAAGAGUCACCGGUAGUACGUUCCCUGGAGUAAAUGUUGCCGCAUUCCGAAGUAAAUUAUGGUCAAACUGGAGUAAUUUACUGGAAACCAUCAUAUAUCCCCAGUGCGCACAGAUUUACAUUCUUCAAUAUGUGAUCGUUAAGCACUGUCCAUCAAGUUUGAAUUCAGAAAGCCAUGAUUUUCCACCCGAAAACUAUGAAAUUAGUGCAAAAUUUUGGACAGAUGUUUCUGAAAUGUUGUUCAGAAAAUUGAUUGCUGCCGCUGAUGAUUCGUCUUUUAUAAAACAAGCUCUCGAAGCAGAAUAUCCUAAAUUAUUAAGACCGCAUAAAGAUUUGGAUGAGAAGUUACAAAAAAUAAUUAACAAAAUGCCUCUACCUUCCGGCCAUAUUUCUAAAUUAUUUACCCAUAAUGAACGUUUUGCUAAUCGAUUUGAAAAUGCAUAUAUACAUCUUUCGUUAUCGAGAUUAUUGAAUUGUGUGCAUCCAAUGUUCCCGGGGGAUGGUUUACCAACUUCUCAAGAAAUUGAUUCAUUUACUUCUUUCAUAUCGAACGAAUUCAGCGUGUCUUUAGUCCAUGACAAGUUAUGCAAAACUGUCGUUCGAAAUGUUGGUAAAGCCAUUCAAUUAUUUUCUGAUAACAGUGACCUGUUAAUCGUAAAAGAAGGAAAUGCAUCCCAAGUGAUAGAUUUGCCCAACGCAGCGCAACAAUUGAACAUAAACAUUGCAAAUACAUUGUAUCAUUUAAAACAACAAUUGCAAAAAAUAAUUUCCAAUAAGUUAUCGGAUAAACCGGAAUCCAGUAGAAAUGAACUAAAUAAAGAAUUCGACCAUGUUGACGAAUUGAUCGUCAAUAUAAUAGAUCCUCUGAAAAAUUCCAUUUGCGAAGCUAUCGAAUCUAUUAUACUAACAAUGCACCAAGAAAACUUUAAAAUCAGCGUAAAUUCUGAUCCACUUCCUCCUUCGCUAUACCUGAAAGAACUUCAAGCUUUUAUUUCUAGAGCUCACACUAAUUAUUUAAAACCUUUCCAUCAUCGUCAGAUCGUUGAAAAAUGCUGUAUUGAUAUUGCUUCUCGAUGCGUCGAAUUAUUUUUAAGACAUGUUUGUUUAAUUCGACCUUUGGAAGCUGGUGGUCGGCAAAGAAUAGUCGAAGAUUUUCAAAAGAUCGAAAAUGCAUUAUCGCCGCUUUGCCCCGAGAUAAAAAUAAUUGGCGAAAACUACAAAGUUCUUCGAUCACUUCGACCUUUGAUAACAGUCACAGAUCCAAAACAGAUAUCUGAUAAUGCAUUGCUUGGUAAAACUAUACCUUAUAGUUUGGCGUUGAUGUUUCUAUUCUCGUACGCUCCUCCUGAAAUACCUUCUCCGCACGAAAGUUGUAAUUGGUCAAUAGCUAGACUUUCGCAAUGGUUAGAUAACCAUAAAACUGAGCGAGAACGUCUAGAAUUGAUCAGCGGUGCCUUACAACGUUACCAACUGUUUGUCAAACAACAGAAUAAAAUAUCGUUUCACGAAAUUUAUCCAAUAAUGACAGAAUUACUGGAAACUGCAUAUAAACAUUGUUCAUCUACUAAAUAAGUUCAUUACUGUUAAAAAAUCAUUUCUUUACGAGUGUUUUGUAAAUAAAUUUUAUUUAAUUCAA